UCGGGCAGCCGCUGCCCCUACCUAUAUAAAUCUGUCCGAGGCAGAGGAUGCCUGACAGGGGUGUGGGGUGCGCGGCAGUCCCCUGGACGGCUUCUUUUUGACAGCUGGGCACGGGAAGGAGGGAAUGGACGGCGGGGAGGAGCUGAGUCCGGUGCGCCCUGCCUGGCCGGAGCCCGCUGAUCGCCGCCUUGAAGGGCCCCGCCGGAGCGCGGAGAUGCUGCUGCUGCUGCUGCCGGUGGAGUUGGGCGACGCGCUCUCCUGGCUGGAGGCUGCGCUGGCCGCCGCCCUGGCCGUGGGGCUCCUGCUGGCGCUGGCCCGGCACCUGUGGGCCCUCCGCUGGAGCCUGAGCCGGGACCGCACCAGCGCCCUGCCCCUGCCCAAGGGCUCCAUGGGGUGGCCCUUCUUCGGAGAGACCCUGCACUGGUUGGUCCAGGGUUCCAGUUUCCACAGCUCCCGGCGGCAGAAAUACGGCUCCGUGUUCAAGACGCACCUGCUGGGCAAGCCGGUGAUCCGCGUGAGCGGCGCUGAGCACGUGCGCAAGAUCCUGCUGAGCGAGCACAGCCUGGUGAGCGUGCAGUGGCCUCUCAGCACCCAGAUCCUGCUGGGCUCCCACACCCUGCUCAGCGCCGGCGCCCAGACGCACCGGCAGCGCAGGAAGCUGCUGGCGCGCGUGUUCAGCCGCUCAGCGCUGGAGAGCUACUUGCCCCGCAUCCAGGCGCUGGUGAGCGGGGAGCUGCGCCGCUGGUGCCAGGAGCCGGGCCCCGUCCCCGUCUACUCCUCGGCCAAGAGCCUCACCUUCCGCAUCGCCGCCCGCGUCCUGCUGGGGCUCCGCCUGGAGGAGAAGCGCUUCGCCCAGCUGGCCCGCACCUUCGAGCAGCUGGUGGACAACCUGUUCUCUCUGCCCCUCAACAUCCCCUUCAGCGGGCUGCGGAAGGGAAUCAAGGCCCGGGAUCUGCUGCACCAGUACAUGGAGAAGGCCAUCUUGGAGAAACUGCAGCGGAAGGACGCGGGGGCGGACAGUGACGCUCUGGAUUUCAUCAUGGACAGUGCCAAGGAGUACGGCAAAGAACUGACCAUGCAGGAGCUGAAGGAAUCCGCAAUUGAGCUGAUAUUUGCAGCUUUCUUCACAACAGCCAGUGCUAGCACUUCUCUGAUUCUCCUUCUCCUGAAACACCCCUGUGCCAUCCAAAAAAUCCAGCAGGAGCUGGCAUCCCAUGACCUCCUCAAGCAGUGCCGUUGCUUUGUCCCUGGCCCAUUGCCAACAAACCAACAGACCCACCAAAAGGCAGUUGGUGAAGGAGAGUUUCCAAACAGCGACUCCCAAUCACCUCUUCCACCCAAGCAGGAAUGGAAAGCUGGCAUGGACUCAAGAGGGGAGGAGAGGGCUUCUGUCAUGCCCCACGUGGCCAGGUUAGUCCAGAAAACAAGCACCUCUGGGACUGCAAAAGUGGAAAGACAGGAGGAAGCGGGCCAGCUCCUCAGCAGGCCAGAAGGACCUGAGUGCUAUUACCAGUCUUACCUGACCCUGGAGAAGAUCAGCCGCUUGCGCUACUUGGAUUGUGUUAUCAAGGAAGUGCUCCGUUUGCUGCCCCCGGUGUCUGGAGGCUACAGGACAGCCCUGCAGACCUUUGAGCUGGAUGGCUACCAGAUUCCCAAAGGAUGGAGUGUCAUGUACAGUAUCCGGGACACCCACGAGACUGCCAGCGUCUAUCAGAGUCCCCCAGAUACCUUUGAUCCUGAGCGCUUUUGGGUACCCCAGGAAGAGGGCGAGGAACACAAAGUAGCUGGCUCUGUCCGUUUCCACUACAUCCCCUUUGGUGGGGGAGUCCGAAACUGCAUUGGCAAAGAACUGGCCCAGGCCAUCCUCAAGCUUCUUGCCAUCGAGCUGGUCAGCACAGCCCGUUGGGAGCUGGCCACCACUGACUUCCCCAAGAUGCAAAUGGUGCCGAUUGUGUACCCCGUGGAUGGGCUGCAGCUCUAUUUUCAUUCCUUGAAACCUGGAAGAGAAAUUAGUGAGCCAAAGAAGACAGAAACUUGAACACCACUGUAAUCUCCAUAAUGUCUCUGCUCUUCAGCUUAGAACCACAGUAGAACAAGAAUCUGGGAUAAAAGUGCUAGAUGUCUUCUAGUGUAAAUCGUUCCUUCCUAUCUGUUGAGUAUCAGGGCAGGGCAAAAGGCUACGUUUCUGUCCUUGGUCCUUAAUGGACCAUUAGCAUCCAUUCACAUUUAGAAAUGAGAGGCCACAGCAAGAACCCUCUCUGUAAGAAUCAGUUGCACUUCCUGUUAAUUUAAUAUGUGCGUCAGGCUGAAUUGUAACCUAGUUAAGAGUAGUUGUAGUUCACAGCUCGAUGUACCAGAAGGAAUCCUAGAAACACUGCUGACGGUGUUUGCAAAGGAGUCACCAAGUGUAUACAGGUAUGCUGGAAUUCAAUUAUAUGAAAAUGCACUUCACCUGACACCCCCUUCUCCCAGGUGAUCCUUCUUCAAAGGUCCUUACAGUUCAGAAAGAGGCUGCUGUUCCAUCAUUCUAUGAUGGGGUAGCUAUGGCUAAGUUCCUGCCAGAAAGGGAACAUAAAUAAGCUUCAAAAUGGGUAUACCACGUAUACCUAUAACAGAUUUCAUUCAUGGAUGGGAAGGGUGUCUGCUUCUGUGUUAGUGCAAGUAAAGGAAAUCUUGGCAUACCGAUCCAAGAUUCCCAUGGUCUGAGCACAUGGUUCAUUGCAAAGAUCUCCUCAAACCAAGGACACAGUGUAGGCUUCAAAGGGAUAGCAGAUGAGGGGAAGACUUAGAUGUCUAAAUCUUAAUAUCCAAUUCUUGUAUAUGUCCUCUAACAAUCCUUUAAAGGUAGUCAGCCGAGCUGAAUAUUUGUAUUAAAAGGAAAGUGACUCUUGCAUGGUAGCUGGCUCAUCUGCUGGGUUCCAUCAAUUGUGGUUGACCUGAAAUUUCAAACAUAACAAAAUGCAGAUUUUAAGGUUAUCGCUGAUUUUGAAAAACUGUGUUGGAGGCAUCAUAUGGACAGGAUUCUUCCAUCUGGUUCAUCCAAGCAAAUAUGCUCCUUUCUUCUUGCUUUCUGAUUUAGAAGUUGAGUGUGUGGGUCAACUCCAUUGAGGUGCUUCUAGGUCCAUGGUGGCGAACCUUUGGCACUCCAGAUGUUAUGGACUACAAUUCCCACCAGCCCCUGCCAGCAUGGCCAAUUGUAGGGGGUGAUGGGAAUUGUAGUCCAUAACAUCUGGAGAGCCAAAGGUUCACCACCACUGUUCUAGGUAGUAAUGUUGACCUGUGAGUCACACAUGCAAGUCACUGCUAGAUGUUUGAGCCAUCUGAUGGUGAAUACACAUGCACAAGGCAACCUUUAAGACUGCAUUCAGUUCAUCUUCUACCCCUGCUGUUUUGUAGUCACAGAAUUAACUGCCAGUAGAAUAAGGCAGCAAUGUUUAAUGUGCUAGAACAGCGGUUCUCAACCUUCCUAAUGCCGCAACCCUUUAAUACAGUUCCUUAUGUUGUGGUGACCCACAACCCUAACAUUUAUCCAUUUUACAGGUGGAGAACACUGAUGCAGAGAGUCUUAGGUGACCCCUGUGGAAGAGUAGUUCGACCCCCAAAGGGGUCCCGACCCCCAGGUUGAAAACCACUGUGCUAGAAGCUCCCUUCAGAGAACAAUUCCACAGCAGUAACUAUAUCUGCAUAAAUACAAGUAUAUGAAUAGAUUAGUUAGUUGUGGCACCUUAAGGACGAAUACAUUUUUUUUAAAGUUCAACUUAAGCUUUCCUGGAAUACAGUGUACUACAGAACUCCUAUUUAUGAUUACUUAGUUCCACAUAAUUACAUGUGUGGAUGGUGGAUUGUUUCAAUUUGUGAGCACACCCCUUUGAAUGUCAUCCACAAAGCCAUGUACCAUGAAGUCAUCCCUGACUGGCUCCUAUUUAUGUUGCUGAGCAAAGCCACAGUUGGCAAAGGUUUUAGAGUACGUUGAGGCCUGCUUUGCGAGCAGAAAUGAUUGAUACAGUGGAAACAACAAGGUCACUUCUUCUAUAUUGUCAAUGUAUAAUAGAACUCACGAGGGCUAUUUUGUUAGGAAUGUCUGAGUAGGUAGGAUCUUGCUUUUGUACCAAGGAUUGGAUUUGGGUGUCUUCAGUGGUCCUGCCAGAUACUUAAUUCAGGCUACUUUGAUUUGUCUUGUGUAUGUGCAGGAGGAUUGAGUCAUGUAGAGGAAGAGAGUCAAACUAUGAGUUGUGGUUUAGAAAUGAAUGAAGGAGUGUUUAUUUGAAACAUGCAGCUGAUACAAUUUUGCUGGGUUAAUUCUAGGGUUUCCAUGAUAGAAAGCAAAAGUCUUGUAUGGAUAAGAAGUGAUAAAUUAGCGUCUUAUACCUGUUUGGUUUGCAAAUGGAAGUUCACUCAUGCUUGGAUGUUCCACCACACACCCCACCAAAUCCCUGCACACAGAACAUUCAAAUACUAGGGGGAAAGCUUGUCAGUUUUCUAAUGUAUUCAUUUCCUGUGUGCAGAGAAUCUGGGAAUGAGGAGCAUUCAGUCACUGAACGCUUUGUUGUAAUGUAAAUGGUAGAAGCCACAGGGGGUAUGACUUUGGUGAGCAUCAGACUUCAGCUGCAGCACUUCAAAGAUGUCCUUGCACUUCACUCUGGGUCUGUUGUUCUUCCUUAGAAUGUCCAUACCAGGAGGUUCAUCAGAUAUUGUGUAAUAGCGUUAUAUGUUUAAACUGCUGCCAGUGUUAAAAGGAUUAGCAAUCUACAUUCAGGGCAACUUCUGUAGCAAACGUAGUUACAGGUAAAAUCCCUGUGCAGUGGGGAAAGGUCUAUCAGGAAUAAAACCUGGUAAGUAA